AUGUCUGAAGACACUAAUAAACUGCCAACUGAGCAGAGUAAUGAAACAUCCAGCUCGCCUUCUCUGGAUGGCUUGGCCACUAUUCAGUCGUCGUGUUCAGAGAACGAUGAGAAGCCAUCAUUCAACUAUGACUUGGAUUUAUUCAAUUUGUGCAAACUCUACUUAGAAAACAAGAACCAUCAUGGUUUGGCUCUUAUAUCAAGACAGAAAGGACUCCCUCCAUUUUUAAGAUUUAGAAUCUGGCCCAUACUUUUGAAGUAUCAUCCUUUUGUUAUAAAUCCAUUUCUUCAACCGGAUUCUGAUGCCAUCAAUAAAAGUGACAGUGAAUCUUCUACUGGCUCAGACUCUUCAACAGCUUCAAGCCCUGGAAUUGAAGAAGAUGAAAUAAAGAUAAAGAUAAGAAAAGAUUUAGGGAAAUAUGUCCAACGUUUGAGGCACUCGUCUUCAUUUGAAUUAUCGGACAUUGAAUCUCAAAUAUUUGAGAUUUUACAACAGUCUAUCUUGAAGUUCACAUUAAAAUGGAAUCGAAUAAUCAAAUAUGAUGAGGCAUUGACAUGGAUAGCUUUGAACUUGGCAGAGUGGUUCCCCCCUAUUGUAAAUACUCCCUGGGUUUUAGUGGGUAGAGAUAACGCAAAUAACAAGCGAUUCGUCAAGAGCUUAUUUGAUGACUAUUCGAAUUAUAUUGAAAGUAUAUCGGGCCUCAAUUCUUCUCUUAAUUCAUUACUCGAGGACACGUCAAAUACCAAAAUGUCUUUUCACGAUGUUUACGAAAGAUUAGUGUUAGUGAUACUACAUUCCCCAGAAGAGAGGAAUAAAGAAUCCUCGACAUCUAAUAAAAUAGAUAAAACUAUAUUGCCCAUAAGUGGAGGUACAAUCGAAGAUAGGGUUUCUUUCUUCAUUUAUUGUUUAAGGAAGUUAUUGCCUGAACUAUCCAAGCUCUUUCAAGAAGAGCAGAUUUUAAAUAAGUUUGGAAAUAAUGACGAUGAAUGGUUAAUCUGGUGGUUGAAAUAUUGUGGAGCAAAGGUGUGGUCAAAAUUCGAUAGAGGGAGAAUAUGGGACUUAUUGUUGGGCUGGAGAUUAAAAAAUCCCAAAAGAGAUAUGGAAUAUUAUAAUGAUAAAUUAGACAUGGACAAAGAGUUGCUAAAUAAGCUUGGUCCGGAUGUCUUCUGGUCUGUGAGUGACGAAGAUGAAACUGAUCAAAAAUCAAAGCUCAACGAAAGGUCAAAAUCAUUCAAAGAUCUUAUAAAUGGACUAAGUGAUCUUGAUACCAAUCAACUGAACUACUUAUCUACUCCUUCCUCUAAGUUAAAAAACUGGAACUUGGAUAAUUCUUUGGAUGAUAAUGUUCCCUUUGCCAAGUUAGAUCCCCAAAUAGAAUUAAUUUUCGUUUCAUUGGCUUUGUUAAGAUCGAAAGAGAAUACAUUAGUGGAUUUGGACCAGCAUGAAAUAAGACAGUACUUAUCAAGAUUACCUUCUAAUUCUUAUAAAUACAAACAAAACAAGAAGAACUAUGAUAGUCCAAUGAAAAGGCAACCGCAUUCCACUCAAUCAAGCACUUUAAUAUCGAAUGAUUCAUCGAACAAUCAUAAAGUUGAUUUCAUGGACAAUAUUAUAAAUGAAGCAGGUGAGCUUUGGAGAAAGUUUUUUUGGCUGGAAUUGCAAGACUCAUGA